UUUAAAAAAUGUUAGAUCUAUAAAUACGAGAGCAAGAGAGCAAGAGAGCUCAAGAAGAAGGCGUUGUUCGCGUUUUGGUUUGCAAGAGAAGAAAGAAAUACAGGUUUGGUUUAUUUCUUUUCUGGAGAAAACAGAACAGGAAAAUUGGAGAGAAAAAGUUUGGUGCGAUUUGGUCGAUGACUUGAAGAAGGGAUUUAAAGCUAGAGUUGUUUGUAAGAGGAACUGGCAUUUGAUUUGUUCUAUCCUUGUCCUUGUUCGUUUUUUCAUACUUUAGUGGCUUAUUAAAAGGGAAAUACAAGACUUGUUGAAGUAAAGAGGAAGAAUGGAGUGGCCUGCUUAUUUAGAUGAAUACGAGAAGCUUGUUAUUAGGAUGAACACUCCCAGGGUCGUCAUCGACAAUGCUGUUUGCCCCACUGCGACUCUCGUCAAGGUUGAUAGUGCUAGAAGACAUGGAAUCUUGUUGGAAGCUGUUCAGAUUCUCGCAGAUCAGAACCUUUCAAUAAAGAAGGCUUACAUUUCUUCUGAUGGACGGUGGUUCAUGGAUGUUUUCCAUGUGACUGAUCUGAAUGGAAACAAAUUAAGGGAUGAAAGUGUUAUUCGCUUUAUUGAGGAGUCGCUUGGAACCAUGGACUAUGGAAGAGCUAAUGAUUUUAACGGUUUAACUGCACUUGAACUAACUGGAACAGAUCGAGUUGGGUUGAUGUCUGAGGUUUUUGCAGUAUUAGCUGAAUUACAGUGUAAUGUGGUAGAUGCGAAAGUGUGGACUCACAAUGGCCGAAUUGCUUCAGUGAUUUAUGUGAAAGAUUGCAAUUCUGGAUCUCCAAUUGAGGACUCACAACAAAUUAAUAGAAUUGAAGCACGAUUAAGGAAUGUCUUAAAAGGAGAUAAUGACAUUAGGAGUGCUAAAAUGACUGUUUCUGUGGAGGUCACUCACACAGAGAGAAGGCUACAUCAGAUGAUGUUUGCAGAUAGGGAUUAUGAGAGGAAGCCCGUUUUGAAGAGUUGUAUCGAUUACCCCAUGGUAACAGUGCAAAAUUGGGUGGAAAGAGGUUACUCGGUUGUGAAUGUUCAGUGCAAAGAUAGGAUUAAGCUUUUGUUUGAUGUUGUUUGCACAUUGACGGACAUGGAAUAUGUGGUGUUUCAUGCAACUAUUAACACAUCUGGAGAUAGAGCAUAUCUGGAAUUUUACAUUAAGCACAUUGAUGGAACACCAAUUAGUUCAGAACCUGAAAGGCAACGUGUGAUUCAAUGCCUACGAGCGGCAGUGGGAAGAAGAGCAUCUGAGGGUGUAAGGCUAGAAUUAUGCAUGGAAGAUAGGCAAGGGCUAUUGGCAGAUGUGACAAGAACGUUGAGAGAAAAUGGUCUUAAUAUCACAAGAGCAGAAAUAUCAACAAGAGAGAUGGUAGCAGUCAACGCAUUCUAUGUCACAGACGCCAUAGGAAACCCUGCUGAUCCAAAGAUAAUUGAAGCAGUUAGAGAAAAAGUUGGAUUGAGUAAAUUGAAAGUGAAGGAAUUGCCAGUGAUAUAUAAUGAAAAGGCAGAAAGUGAAGAGCAUACAGUUGGGGUGGGUGAAACAGUAUUGUUCUCACUAGGGAGUCUAGUGAGAAGGAAUCUAUACAAUCUGGGAUUGAUAAAAUCAUAUUCUUGAAGUGGAAAAAAUUGAGAAACUGGCUGAAGAAGAAGGAUUGUUCCCAGCUCCAGAUUGGUUGGCAUAUUCUUUUACUAGAGGUUGGAGGUUUGUGUAAGUACAUGUGAAUUAAAAAGGUCGGAUUUGGUGAUAGCAGGAAUUAAUUUGGUUGAUGGAAUAGAAAUAGAUAGACUUAUUAGAACAAAACGAGUUUAGCACAGUAACACACUUGUACAUAAACAACUCUAUUGAAUUAAAAUAGAUUCUUCCCUUUUAUUCUA